GCGACGCGGUUGUGUCGUUCCGGCUAAGACAAACUCGGAGUUCCUCCCAACUCGAGUCAGAAGACGACGCAUUGGAUGCCCCGUGGGCGCGCGUUAUCCAAAGGACUGUGAAAUCGUUGAGUGCUGCACAGUGUUGAUGGCAUGUCAGAAGCCUCUCAAAUAAACAUACUGUAAUUUAAUUUAUGCGGACCAAUUUGGUGCGGCGCUGAGCGAGUGCUCUUGACUUUGUUUCGGUGCCACUGCAACGCGGCACUGGAUGCUGGCUGCAACUCUCGGCCGCUGUCUCUGACAUUUGAUCUUUGCAAAGAUCACACUGAAUCACCUCGCACCGCCUCGCAUCGCGUCGGAUGUGUGAAGAGAGCUGCGACCGACCGACCGACCAUAUGGAAUAUAUUUUAGCACGCCACCACCUACAGCGACAAUUAGUUUGUUCAAUUUAAGACCCAAAGCUCUCCACCGAGUCCACUGAGUCCACAGAGUCCACCAACAUCGCCGCAAGCUCAUCAUCAGUUCGGAGAGAACCAACGGAAUCGCCAAAAUGUUGGCCCAAGCAAUCCCAACGCAGUCACGGCUUUUGGCCUUGGCUUUGUUCUGCUCAGCGUUAUUUUUGGCCAGUGAGGCUCAAAAAACCAUCCAGACUGCGGAUCCUGCCUCACACCUUAUGCAGAAGACUUCGUUCUCCUGCGCCGGUCGUCCUGCCGGCUACUACGCGGAUGUGGAGACGGGCUGCCAGGUGUACCAUAUGUGCGAUGGCCUCGGAAGGCAAUUCAGCUACACGUGUCCGAACACGACUCUCUUCCAGCAGCGGAUGCUGAUCUGCGACCACUGGUAUAUGGUGAACUGUUCGAAGGCGGAGAGCAACUAUGCGGCCAAUCUCCUCAUUGGUCAGCGGGACAAGCCCUUCGUGAACGAUGAGGAGAACAGCUUGCGCACUCCGAGACCCGACCUCUUGGAUCGCCCAUAUGCACCCGACUAUUCUGGCGAGUCCUUUAGGAGCCAAUACAAGCAACUGACGCCGAAUCAGAACCAGAUACGUGACGAAUCCUUUAAGGGCGUUGGUUCUGGCAAACUGGAUCCCCAAUUGUCCCAGACGCGCUGGCGCAUACCGCCACCCAGCCGGACCAUCCUACCACCGGCCUACGAGCCGCAGAUCGAGCUGGCCAGCAGCACGGCCAAGCCCAGGAUAAGCACCACAAUUCGAACAACCACCUCUACCAGGGCCACCACUACUACUACAACGACGACCACCACUAGGAGACCUCCAGUGGUGGCCACCAGGCGCACUGGGGCCCUGCUCACGCGACGACCCAGCUUCCCGGUGGCGGAUCACGAUACAGACGAUCUGGGUACCAGCCACAGCACGCGGUACAACACCUCGGCGGACUUCAACUCGGCGGAGGCACCCUUCCGUAACACCAAGCUCACCAGCACCAAGCUUAAUAAGUUCGUUAAGCCGCCCUCGAAGAUCUACGAGCCGCCCUUCGUGUACCCCAUCUACAACCUAGAGGAGACGCAAAAUAGUGGCGCGGUCUCCUCCUCCACGCUGCGUACCUCAACGGCGGCACCGUUCAGUGCUGUUCCCAGCCGGGCGGAGGGCAGCACCACCACAGUAAGACCUUUGAGUAGACCGACUACCUUGGCGGGUCAACCGUUCUCCUUCGCCACGCCACCCACUACAACGAGCACGGUGGCUAUUCCGCCUCGCAGUGAGAACCGGACACCGGCUCCGGCCCAAAGCUUCCGCCUGGCCACGCCCACCAGCACAACGCCACCGCCAGUGCAGCCCGCCCAGUUGCCCUUUAACGACCUCCUGCCACCCUUUGUGGACUUUGUGCCCCACGACAUAGCCACCACACAAGGUCCGCCCAUUUACUACGAGUGGAAGGUGCCCUCGAAUGGCCUCGAGCCGCCGAAGCUAGAUCCACCCAUCGGUGUGGAUGGACGCGAAUAUCCGGAGACAACUGGGAACUACGGAGUCUCCAGCAAGGCAGAAAUAUUUAACACGCGGAUCAACGACAUUGCCAUUCCCCAAAAGAAACCGGCGCAGAUUCCUGUUCUCACCCAGCAGUCGAGCACCAGCCGACGGCUGCCCAUCUCGCGAUCCAUCAAGGCGAAGGACGAGGAGCAGCAGACGGAGCAGGCGCAGCGCCGAUCAGACGUGGUGGCCAGCUCCACGGACAUUGGUCAUCUGCGCAAGCAGUUGCUCAUUCCGGAGUACGCCUUCCUGGAGACCAUCGGCCGCACCGGCUACGGUCCGGGAGCUGCUGCGGGACCAGGAGCCGGCUUCAGUGGCUCCAACAGCGGGGACCUGUACAACUCGUUCCAGCUGAAGAUCCCCGAGCAGCGGGCAAAGUGGUUCGGCGAGAACCCCAAGUGCCCGGAGUGCCAUCCGUCGUUCGUUCAGCCGGGUAGCUGCGAGCCCUGCCUGCGCAGGUAGUCCCUGCCGUCCAUCCUCCGUCCCAUCGCCCAUUAGACGCAUCCAUUAUCCGCAUCCGCAUUUGCUCCUAGCCCUAGUAUUAGCCGCCGCUGAGAAGCCCCGGAGAGAAGCAUCUUCCACGCAUUUAAGU